AUGAAGAAUAAAAUUAAAUUUUUUGUCCUUUUAUUUACUUUAUUAUUUUCGUCUUUUUCUUCUUCAAAUUUACAAAAUAAUCAACGAAUUUUGGUUAAAUCUACAGAAAGUAAUAAAAACGAGGAUGGAAGUGUUAAAAUAAAUUUGUUGAGAAUGGAAGUAAAUGAAAUUGAAGAAGGGACUGGCUUUUAUAAAAUUGAAAUUUUAUACGAAAUUGAUGAAAAAUAUGAAAAAGAUUACAUUUAUAUAAGUUCAUAUCCAAACUGGUGUUUUAUCGAAGACGUUACUACUCACAAAAUAAAAAAUAUAAAUAAUGGAAAUAAAGGGAAAAAAUUAAUUUUGAUUGAGGAUGUGUUUUGGAGUUUAGAUAUAGUAAAUUUUAAUAUUUGCUUAAAUGUUUAUGAUGAAAUUAAUGAAAUUUAUGAUGAAAUUAAUGAUCAGAAUGAUAAAGAGGUAGGAAUAAAAAUAAUUUUUAUGUUAAAUACAAUCACAUUAGACUUUUUUCUUUAA